AUGAGUUCUGCAUCCUACCUACCCGUCACUCGAGUCCCCUUCCAUGGAAGCAGUAGCAAGAUCGUUGCUUUCACCGCCCUGGGCGCAUUGAGGCGACGGGCCGUCUUCGCCGGGCUACUGACCACCUCUCUUCUCGUCUUGUUCGUCUUGCUGCGGUACACUCUCAAGGAAUUUGACAUAGAGGGUGCGGGGCUGGAUAUUUUGAGUCCUUCGGUGGACUUGCUGGCAUAUUUGCCUCUCGAAAUUCCCAAAGGCUCCAGCUUAUCAGCACGCCUCAAGCCUGUGCGCGGACUUCCGAUUUCUUGUCUCGACGCACAUUUUGCUCUGGGAGAAAUAUGCUACGAAAAGGAGAUACAACCAAUUGACGUGCUUUGGACAUGGGUGAACGGAUCUGAUCCACUCCUACAGCGCGCAAAAUCGAGUGCACAGGAACGCUACGAAAGGAAAGACCCGUACCGACCUAUGAUAGAUGCAUCGUCACAGGCGAGGCUGUAUAGGGACCACGAUGAGCUGAGACAUUCGCUCCGUUCGGUUCUGCAGCACUUCCGCGGAUACACGACCCGAUUUCACGUCCUAACAGCCGACUUUCCCGUGCCUCGUACUCCUGCUCCUACCAACGCCACUAACUCCACAUCCAACACUGUUGACUCUACUAUCAAUUACACGCUGUCCGAUUCAUGGCGCCUGGGACAGAUCCCACAAUGGCUGGACCUGGAUAAACGAACAGACUCAGUCUGGAAGGACGGAAGUGUAGCGCUGUCUCUUAAACACCAUGCCGAAAUAUUCACCCCUUACGAGGGUACCAAUUUCAAUAGUCUGGCCAUCGAGUCGCAAUUAACUCAUUUACAAGAUAUCUCCGAGAAUUUCAUCUAUAUGAAUGACGAUCUCUUCAUGAUGAACCCAAUGACGCACACGAGCUUCUAUACGUCGGCAUACGGCGUUGUUUUGCAUCUGCAAUCCAACCUCCUUGUUCCCCCAACGAAGCCGCACCCGAGAACACAAGGAGAAUGGAAGAGUAUGGGCCUAACUAACACAAUGCUUGGGACGAGGUUUGGCAUCCGCUACCGUCCGUACGUGGUGCAUGAGGCGAAGACGGCAUCCGUGCCAUUGCUGCACGAAAUGGCGCUUAUGUGGCCCGGGCAGUUUGCGCUGACGGCGACGCACGCAUUCCGCGAGACGCAGGGUGGUGACGGUGACGUGAACACAAUGUUCUUACUAUCGCAUUUCGUCGUCGAGCGUGCUCGCGAGGCAUUGCUGUGGAGCUGGAUUGUUGGGCGCGUCGGAGGCUUGGAAGACGAAUGGGGAGAGCGGGAGGCGUCGCUCGCCUGGGCGGAACUGGGCGGUGGACUGGAGGAUAAGGGUCUUCUUGUCCAGACUGAGUACAGGGAUACGUUAGAGAAGUCGAGAGUAGAGAAGUUCCUGAAGGAGAGUGGGCAUAAAGGGCAGGGUAAGACGACGUAUGUCUUCUCUUCUCUGGACGGUUAUCCUUACACGACGUUGGGGACCAGCGGCCAGCCAAGAUGGCCGUCAAUGGCCAGAGAUACAGGACCUGGAGACCUUCCGAGUUGCAGGAUCUCAUACCAGGACUGCUUCACGACCAACGAGGGGUUUAGGAACAGCACGACUACUGCUAGCGGAAUGUUCAUGAAUCUAGCUUUCCGGAAACCCAGAUGCGGGGAUUGUGCAAUCAUGGCGCUCGUACAUGCGAGCGGCAGCAUCGGGCUGUCGAAAUUCCUGCCAUCGCAGGAGCGUACACUGCCAGCCUCGUUGCAAGACGGUGACGGUGGAGAUCAGCCUGCGAAAGUCCCACAUUUACCGCUGGUCGCUGACUGGCAGAACGGCGACUUCAGCCUUCGUGCAGUUAUGAACACGACGCGGACGAGCAGUGUCAAAGACUGGGCCUUACAACUCCUGCAGCGCUACCGAUACAUGAUAGGAGAGACCCCUUCAUUAUUUGAACGCAUCACCAGUCCUAAGCAGCUGACGGCAGUGCUAAACCGGAUCGAUGCGAAGUCGGACAUUGCCCUACUGUGUCUGAACGACGACGUCGCCAUCGAGCGGGUGGACGCGCCGGUAACAGCGAUUCUGAAGAAGUGGCAAAGCAAACAGUGGACGCGCCGUGCGAGCUGGGAAAAGUCGUAG